AUGCAGAUGAGCUCCCACUCGUUGGUCCAGUCCCACGCUGCCGUCACUAACACCACAUUAAAACACUUUCCCGGCUCCCGAGGUUCAAAAGAGGGGAAGGUGGAGGUGACGAAGGAGGGAAUGAAGCUGUGUACCAUGGGCCCCGGGCGAGUCUUUGGGGAGCUGGCCAUUCUCUACAACUGCACCAGGACCGCCACCGUGCGCAGUGAGUGA